GGAAAAGUGAGCGAAAGAUAAGAGAAAAAUCUGACUGGACCCAACGUUUCUAGUGAUAAUUUUGAACAUACCUAUAACCAGAAUAACCCACGCCUUGCUUUUGACUUCCCCGAAAAAAAGUUUACAGUAUUGGGACGAUGACAUCGGCAGGGCACCUGGCUGUCAACAAUCACGAGGCUAAGGAGUUUGACAGCGUGAAGGAGUCUAUCAGCGACAUUAUCAACCAGCUGCAGGACAUCGACCCUGCUCGCCUGUCCUUCUCCCCGUUCCUGGACCUGGACACACAGAUCUCCCUGGCGCCGGUGUCCGACAGCCCGGAAUCUUCCGUGGAGGAGCUGCACUCCCCCGACCACUCCGUCCCGGGCUCUCAACAAUCCCUCGAGCCCGCGCUGACCGGGGACCAUAUUGACCAAGCUCGGCCCUGUAAUAGUCGAUCCGGUGGUGAAUUCCCAGAACAACAACAACAACAGCAGGAAAGUGCAGAGCAGCAGGGAGUGCCCGAGGACACUGUCACGGGUGACAUACUGGAGGGGGUGCCCUCCGAAAACUGCACCGGUACCCCACCGCCGGCUCUCCAGGGGGGCGAAGUGCCAAAUGGGAGAGAAGGGGAGCAGUGGAGCCCCCUGGAGUCCACCAAUCUGGACUCGACGGUGGACGAAGGCCGCCCCCUGAUAAGGACCCAGGCAGAAUGCAUUGAGAUGGACAUUUGGGACCCGCAGGAAGACGGGGAGUGUGACGCAGCUCCGGAGGCUGCCAGCAGGGGGCGCUGCUGCUGCAGGUGCUGCAGGAGCGGCCGCGUUCCUGCUCUGUGCUCCACUCUGGCAUCCUUGCUCUGUCUCCCUGGAGUUCUGUAUGCACUCUACUUCUACGUGCCCUUGGAUGCCCCCGACUGUCCAGACCUGGUCAGCCGUCUCGUUUUCACGCUCCAGUGCUGCGCAGUUGCUGCAGUGCCAAUCCUGUUAGCCAUGGUGACCGGCGCCGUGUCGCGGUUCUGCGCCGCGGCCCUGGACCCCGUGCGCGCGUCGCCCAGAGGCCCCGCCCUUCAUCAGCUCUUCGUCGCCGCGUCUCUGGAGCAGCUGUCCCUCUACACCCUCAACCUCCUCGUUAUGGCUUCCUUCCUCGCCCAGGACCAGCUGAGAGCAGUGCCCAUCCUGGCUGGAGUCUUUAUGGGAGGGAGGCUCGUGUACUGGCUCUCUCUCCACAUCUGCAGUCCCUGGCGUGGGUUCGGCUCGGGGCUCACGGUCUUUCCACUCCUGGCCAUGGUGGCCUUCAACCUCUACUGCCUGUUUGACCUUGGCUUCAGCAAGCUCUUCCCCGGAUCUGACGAGAUACACUUUCCCGCGACCACCCCUUCCCCUCCACCAUCAGAGAUGGCCGCUGCGCUGAGAGACACGACAGAUCAUUUCUUGCCCGCAGACUGCCUGGACACGCAGAGAGCCUGGCUGGGGUCUGUGCUGUUGUUCGCCUGGUUCCUAGCUGCAAUGCAGGGCACGAUGAGCCUGCUCACCAUCCACGUUGAGGCCCACACCAGACACAGGAUCACCAGGGGCCCUCCCGGGAGGAUUCCAAGUACUGCUGCUGCCUACCUCAUCCCAUCUGGAGCCUUGUGCCAGUGGUCCCAUGGGUAG